UUCUCUUUGUUGUUUAUUAUUCUCUGGGCGUGCAGCCUGCAGCGUGUAGCGUGUUGUGUGGCCAAUCCAUGGCGGCAGCAGCAGCACUCACUUACUGCUGCCACUGCAAGCCUUCCCCAUUCCUCGGCCAAUUUCCCCCUAACUUUGUAAGCGCAUUCCAAAGACCGUGGCUGCCUGCGUUUACCUGUCUUGCUUUGUUUGAUUAGUGAUUACCGUUAAACCACCGACAUGCGUACCGCUUUCAUGUUUCAUCUAUCUAUAUAUUUUAUUAACUUCAGUUGCCUCUUUUGUGUCAUUCAUGCGAAUCUUUUGUUGUUGUUGUUGUUGUUGUUGUUUCUAGCGUGGAAAUUAAUUUUUAAUUGCUGUCUGUCUGUCUGUUUGAUUGAUUGAUGCUUUCUCAGGGGAAAGGGAAAUCAUCAGUUGGACAAAGCGUCAGGAAUCCAGUCUCUGCCUCUACAAUUACUGCACUAUUUUGGGGAUCUAACAACAAAUCCCUGCAAUUGGAUUUUUCAAGAGAUUUUACUUUACCCCCUUCUUCUUCUGCCCAGCAGACAACACCUCAAAAGCUCUCCAUCUCUGUUGUUUCUUCAAUUUUGGAGGUCUCACCCCAUGCCUGGGAUGCUUGUACUUUGGAUGCCUCCGGUGCUCAAAACUUUAAUCCUUUUCUUACCCAUGCCUUUCUUUCAAGUUUAGAACAGACUGGUUGCGCUGUCCAGGAAACUGGAUGGAAGCCCUGCCAUAUUGUUGCUAAGGAUGAAUCUCAAAAUAUUUUAGCUGUUGUUCCACUCUAUCUUAAGAGCCACUCCUAUGGUGAAUUUGUUUUCGAUCAUUCCUGGGCUGAUGCCUACUACAGUCUUGGAUCAAGAUACUAUCCAAAACUUCAAUGCUGUGUGCCUUUCACCCCUGUUACUGGUCCAAGGAUCUUAAUCCGCAAUACUUGUUUUAAAGAUCAAGUCUUUGACAUUAUGGUCUCUGCUCUCAAGGAUCUGGCAGCCAAGUCUCAGGUUUCUUCUUUGCACAUUACCUUCCCAUCUGAAAAUGAAUGGCACAAACUCAAGGACAAAGGAUUCCUACAAAGGAUUGGAAUGCAGUACCACUGGAAAAAUCGAAACUAUAAAGAUUUUGAUGAGUUCUUGAUGGAUAUGAGGCAUAGUAAAAGAAAAAAGAUUCGCCAAGAGCGUAAAAAGAUUUCUGCUCAAAACUUGACCAUGAAGCGGCUUAGGGGUUAUGAAAUAAAGGCUACACACUGGGAUUCCUUCUAUAGAUUCUACAGGAACACAACAGAUAAUAAGUGGGGCAGCCCAUAUCUGACAAGGGAUUUCUUUCAUGACAUGGGAUCAAAGAUGGGAGAUCAGGUAUUACUUGUAGUAGCUGAAGAAGGGAAUGAACUUGUUGCAGGAGCUCUAAAUCUCAUAGGAGGUGAUACUUUAUUUGGACGCCUGUGGGGAUGUGACCAACGUGUCUAUUAUCCCAAUUUGCAUUUUGAAGCCUGUUAUUACCAGGCGAUUGAAGCAGCCAUUGAACUCAAUCUCAACACAGUGGAGGCAGGAGCUCAGGGUGAGCAUAAAGUUCAGCGGGGAUACCUUCCUGUGACAACAUAUAGCUGCCAUUACCUUGUUGAUGAUAGAAUCAGGCAAGCCAUAGAGGAAUUCCUGGUUCGAGAAUCAACACAGGUUAAUCUGAUUAUGAAACUGAUACGCGAUUCUGGCCCCUUCAAGGAGGGUAUACAAUAAAGGCAGGGUUGGUUUGAUGGUUUAUCAUCCGAAGAGGAAGCCAUAGCCAUCAAGUAGUCAUCUCUGGUCAUUAUGCGAAUGCAAAUCAUUGUAGAAUGCUUAAUCCCUUGAACUCUGUCAUGUACAUAUAAAUAAACACAAGUUUGCAACAAACAUUAAUUAUAAAUCCUGAUAGAGGCACACACCCUUUUUUCUUUUUCUUUUUUUUUAAACAGCUAUUGAAUCAAUGAAGUAUACGCACAUUUUACUCUUUCAUUGGAAAGUUUUAAAUAAAUAAAUAUAUAUAUUAUAUUGUUGUAAGUUCGUUAAUUUAGUUGACAUUCUCUGAGAGAAAAUGAUUCAAUAAUUCCAGUUGCAGGCUGUUCUUGAUAGGCUUAAGGUAAAUAUAAGAGGAUUUAAGAU